GCCUGGCGGUCCCCGCCGCUCCCGAGGCCCACAAGGUGUCUCCUCGCCCCUCUCGCUGCAGACAUGGCCUCGGCCGCCGUGGCAGCAGCCAGACGGGGGCUGGCCCGGGUGCCCCCGCUGCUCCCCCGGCGCGGCUACCGCACCGAGCGCGGCGUCUACGGCUACCGGCCUCGGAGGCCCGAGCGCGUGGAGCCCCGGGACGGCCCGGCGAGCCCCGCAGUGGAUCAUGGCCUCGCCAGGUUGGUGACUGUCUAUCGUGAACAUGGUCAUAAGGCUGCCAAAAUCAACCCCCUCUUCACUGAACAAGCUCUGCUGGAGAAUGUGCCAGAAAUCCAGGCUCUUGCCCAGACCCUUCAGGGACCCUUCAGCACCACAGGAUUAUUGAACAUGGGGAAGGAAGAGGCCUCUCUUGAGGAAGUAUUAGCCUAUCUCAACCAAAUCUACUGUGGGCAGAUUUCUGUUGAAACCUCUCAACUACAGAGCCUAGAGGAGAAAGACUGGUUUGCCAAGAGGUUUGAGGAGCUGAAAAAGGAGACGUUUACCACCGAAGAGCGGAAACAUCUGUCAAAACUGAUGCUGGAAUCUCAGGAGUUUGACCACUUUUUGGCCGCCAAGUUUGCCACAGUGAAGCGGUAUGGAGGCGAAGGGGCUGAAAGCAUGAUGGGCUUUUUCCAUGAGUUGUUGAAAAUGUUGGCCUACAGUGGGGUAACAGAUGUUAUUAUUGGGAUGCCCCAUAGAGGGAGGCUGAAUUUAUUGACAGGCCUUCUGCAGUUCCCUCCAGAGCUGAUGUUCCGUAAAAUGCGAGGCUUAAGUGAAUUUCCAGAGCACGUCUCGGCCACCGGAGACGUCCUGUCUCACCUGACGUCCUCCGUGGACCUGCACUUCGGCGCUCACCACCCGCUGCACGCGUCGGUGCUGCCCAACCCCUCGCACCUGGAGGCCGUGAACCCGGUGGCGGUGGGGAAAGCCCGCGGCCGGCAGCAGUCCCGCCGGGACGGGGACUACUCCGCGGCCGGCGCAGCCCAGCCUGGGGACAGGGUCGUCUGCCUGCAGGUUCACGGUGAUGCUUCUUUCUGUGGUCAAGGGAUCGUUCCUGAAACAUUCACACUCUCUAAUCUCCCACAUUUCAGAAUUGGUGGGAGUGUCCAUUUGAUUGUCAACAACCAGCUGGGCUACACCACUCCGGCAGAAAGGGGAAGGUCUUCCUUAUACUGUAGUGAUAUUGGGAAGCUCGUGGGCUGUGCCAUCAUCCACGUCAAUGGAGACAACCCGGAGGAAGUGGUCCGCGCCGCACGCCUGGCCUGCGGAUACCAGCGCCAGUUCCGCAGGGACGUGAUCGUUGACUUACUGUGUUACCGCCAGUGGGGCCACAACGAGCUGGAUGAGCCUUUCUUCACCAACCCCACCAUGUACAAAAUUAUCAGGGCCCGAAAGAGCAUCCCAGACACAUACACAGAGCACCUUAUUGCCAAUGGACUCAUGACCCAGGAGGAGGUCUCUGAAAUAAAAGCCUCCUAUUAUGCAAAGCUAAAUGACCAUUUAACUAACAUGGCCCACUACAGCCCCCCUGCGACUCACCUGCAGGCCCACUGGCAGGGCCUGGUGCAGCCAGAAGCGUGCGUCACCACCUGGAGCACAGGUGUGCCCAUGGACCUGCUGCGGUUCAUUGGGAUGAAGUCUGUGGAGGUGCCGGAGGAGCUCCAGAUGCAUAGCCACCUUCUAAAGAUGUAUGUCCAGUCCAGAAUGGAGAAAGUGAUGGAGGGAACAAAGUUAGACUGGGCCACAGCAGAAGCCCUUGCCUUGGGCUCAUUACUUGCUCAAGGUUUUAAUGUCCGUCUGAGUGGCCAAGAUGUUGGCCGUGGAACUUUCAGUCAAAGGCACGCGAUGGUGGUUUGCCAGGAGACUGAUGACACCUACAUCCCUCUGAACCACAUGGAUCUUAAUCAGAAGGGAUUUCUGGAGGUCAGCAACAGCCCUCUGUCGGAAGAGGCUGUCCUGGGAUUUGAAUAUGGAAUGAGCAUCGAAAGCCCUACGUUGUUGCCCCUCUGGGAGGCUCAGUUUGGCGAUUUCUUCAACGGUGCCCAGAUCAUCUUCGACACGUUCAUCUCUGGAGGAGAGGCCAAGUGGCUCCUACAAAGUGGCAUCGUCAUCCUCCUUCCACACGGCUAUGAUGGAGCAGGCCCCGACCACUCGUCUUGUCGGAUAGAGCGCUUCUUGCAGAUGUGUGACAGUGCAGAGGAGGGGGUGGAUGGGGACACGGUGAACAUGUUCGUGGUGCAUCCAACUACUCCCGCACAGUAUUUCCACUUACUCAGAAGACAGAUGGUCCGGAACUUCAGGAAGCCUCUCGUUGUUGCGUCUCCUAAGAUGUUACUCAGGUUCCCUGCAGCUGUGUCCACUCUUCAAGAAAUGGCACCAGGAACAACAUUCAAACCUGUCAUUGGUGAUUCAUCUGUGGAUCCAAAGAAGGUUAAGAGACUAGUGUUCUGCUGUGGCAAACAUUUCUAUGCCCUGCUGAAGCAGAGAGAAUCUUUGGGGGCCAAGAAGCAAGACUUCGCCAUCAUCCGGAUAGAGGAAUUGUGCCCUUUCCCACUAGACUCGUUACAGCGAGAGAUGAGCAAGUACAGACAUGUUAAAGAUUUUAUUUGGAGCCAGGAGGAGCCUCAGAACAUGGGCCCAUGGUUUUUUGUUUCUCCAAGGUUUGAAAAGCAACUGGCCUGCAAGCUCCGUCUUGCGAGCCGACCCCCUCUGCCAGUGCCCGCUGUGGGAAUUGGCACAGUUCAUCUGCAGCAGCAUGAAGAUGUCCUCACCAAGACCUUUGCUUGUUGAAGUUCUCUGAAGAAACACUACUUCCUUUUUGGAAAAGUGCCACACAAAGAAAAGGCCUGUUUCCUCUACUUUCUCCUUUCCGCUGAGUAACGUUCAAAGACUGCGUUCCUCUGAGAUGUUGGGACUGUUGAGGGCAGUUUCGUCUGGAAUGUGUGAAAUAGCCAGGGGAAACAUUUGUUACAUGAAUCUGACAAGUGCAUUUUAUGCUUAAAAGUACCCUAGGAUUAUGUUUUGUUCAGACCUGAGGCAGAUGUAGAAAGGUUGUGAGUCAGCUUACUUCAGGCUCCACUCUUUCUAAUUAACUGUAUAUGACCAUGAAAAGUUCCUUAGCCUGAGUUUACAGCUAUGUACAGAUGACUUCAACACUGCCUCUUGAUUUCUUUGAUGCAUCUCACUUAAUUUUUCCCUUCUUUUUUCCAAAUUCCUCUGACUACCAAUAUUUUCAUUUUGUGUUCUCUCUGAUGCUGUUUCCAGGCACUGUGAAAAUGUUUCACCAAAUACUGUAGCAAAACUAGAUUAUUCUUGAUUUGGGUUCUUCAAGAUAGUUAUUUUACUCACUAACCUUAAAUGUAGGCCCUGUUAAAUACAGAUCUACAAUGAAAUUCAUUUGUGGUUGAUUUUACCAUGAAACCACCCUUCCCCAAUUGUUCUUGGUGUAAUAUCUUUAUAUUUUUAACUGACUUUGAGUAUCCAAUAUGGAGAUUUCAGCUCCUGGUUAGUCAGUCUUGCCUCUUAAAUUCCCUGCUGCAGUAUAAUGUCUGUUUUUGGUAUUUAAAGAGCACUUUAACUUUGACAGAGGGAAUUUCUCAAUGUCAGGUGCUUGGGGACUCUCAGAGAUUACCAAUCUACUCUCCAGUCAGAAAUUAACAUUAGUACUAGAAGUAUAACUAAACAGCAGCAAACAGUGUAGGUUUGCCAGUUUUGUGCUGCAGAAGCUAUACCAUUCUCGUAUGAUGAUACUGUUUUUCUCAGAAAUGAUGGGGGAAGACAGGGGCACUGGAAUGGGCCCAUACCCUCUCCACUUUUAUUAGCAAUUGGCAUUGUCUUCCAGAAUCAAUGUGUCGGCUGUAUUUGACACUGCAGUAGACUCCUGAUUUACAUCUUAAAUGUACUUCUGCGUUAGUGUAUUGACCCAUCAUUUCGGAAACAUUGACAUCCCUCUUAUUCCUAUUCACCUUAAUGGUUCCUGCCUGUGCCAUGCCUCAUAAAUCAUAUAAUUUAGUGCCAUUCAUGUACAUCAGUAAAACUACAGUCUGUUUAAUGAAAAUGGUUAUCAAUGUUGUGUAUUUAACUAGAAAAAAUAAAAGCGUCAUUUUUUUUUUAAAAAGCUCUCGUGUUUUCUUGAAUUAAAAGACUUUAAAAGUCUAAGCACAAAAUGAGAUGGAAAACUAAGACCUCUCUAAAUUUCUUCCUAACUUUACAGCUCACCUGUCUGUGGUUUCUUCUUACAUCUUAUCCACCUAGAGCCACAGAAUGUGUCUUCUAUCAUCUUAACCUUCUUACUCUGUCGCUACUGGAAAAUGGGUCAGCAGUUUGAAUUACCUUGCAGGAGGGGACUAUUUAAAGAACCACAAAUCAAAUACUCAUUACUUUAUUUUUACUUGACUCUUCUCUAUUCCUCUUAAAAAUGUGAUAAGGGAAAUAUUAGCAACCAUGAACAGACUGUAGUUUUGUCUAAAAUGACAUUAUUCUUAGUAAAAGAAAAUUUGAUACCUUGUUGGAACCUUUCUUCUCAGUUUUCCUGUUUUUCAUAUAUACACGUUUUGGGAAAAAUUUUCUGAAGCAUAAACUUUUAUGUCUAACUGUAUUAUCUUUAAAGUUUUAUUGACUAUUUUUUAAUCCCUUUACUGACAAUAGAUACAGUAUCUCUUUUACAAAAUUGAGGAAAUAAGAAACUAGGGGUUGCACAGGAAGGAACAGAUUAGAAUCAAGAUUGUAGGGUCUUGAAGUUCCAAAAGUUUUCCCUAUUUUUCUUUUAGAUAUACUUGCAUAUUUGGUUUUCAUCUUUAGCUUCUCAUAGGGUACAGGCUCAAAUGAUCAGAUUUUGGGGAAAUUUGGACAAAAAGUUUAAAUCCUCAAUAUUUGUAACAUUAUUAAAAUAAAGAAUUCCUAAAAUA